AUGGCACGGGGAAGCGGCAUGAAGCUGGCCGGGCACGGUCUCCUCCUGGUCUUCCUGAUACUGCUGCAGGGUGGUGUGGCGCACUCAAGGGAGUGGUACGUUGGCGACCAGAAGGGCUGGACCUUCGGCGUCAUGGGCUGGCCUAACUUCAAGCCCUUCAGGGAAGGCGACGUGCUAGUUUUCAAGUACGACCGUGCGGCGCAGAAUGUGAUAAUGGUGGACGACUUCGGGUUCGGAACCUGCACCAGGCACCCUGCCAACGCCACGGUAUACGACUCCGGCAACGACCGCAUCAGGCUCUCCCGCGGCCUCGUCAACUUCAUCAGCGGCGUCUCGGAUAACUGCUACAAGGGCGGCGUCAAGAUCACACUCACCGUCAGGGUGUGA